CCGGGCUGAAGAGCGCACAGCAGUGUUCACCGCCCGCAGAGACGCAGUUGCGGCUUCAGAAGCUUCUUCUCCCGGGUCAACAAUGUCUCCCUUAUCGGUGUUGGUUGGCGCCGUCUUGCUGUGCGUGAGCUUCGUUCGCCAGGGGGAGUGUAGCCUUCAGACGACUCCAGCGCCGACCCCCUGCUCUGCUUACCAUGACUGCGACAACUGUGCUCCAGAUGUUAGGUGUCUGUGGUGCUUCACCACCAACAACUGCACCAACUACCCAGUGAGCUGGCUGCUGCCGCCGGCCUCAUUGUGCCCGCUGUCCCAGGCCCGUUGGGGAGCGUGCUGGUUGAACUUUAAAAACCUGCUCAUUACCUUCGGCUUCCUGGCCGGAGCCAUCUUCAUCGCCAUCAUCGUCUGUUGCUGCUGCUGCUGCUACCACUCCAAGAAGCGCUCAAGGCCCGAACAAGAUGAGGAGGAGCUGGUCAAGAGGAGAGAGGAGUUCCGACAGCGCGCCGACGAGUGGAACGAGGAGAGGAUCGUGAGACACGAACACAUCCGCAAAAAGUACGGUCUGAUGCCAGACCCGGAACACCCGUUCAACAAGUUUGAGAACGAGUAGAGCGGCUCGCUCUGGACCGAGUCCGCCGACCUUCACCGCCGAGGGCCGUCGUCACAGCGACGAGACUCGGAACCCAAAUCACCGACUCGCUCUUUGAGCAAACGAUAGCAAACCUGCUGGUGUGUGGGUGUGUGUGUUUGUAGGGGUGGGGGGGCUGAGGAUGCAGCGAUGUUGCUUUGGAUGGAUUUGUUUCAAACCUUCCCGCAGGGUUCUUUUUUUGUCUUCUGAAAUGUCCUCCUCCUGCGUUUCUUUAAAAAAAAAAAUCAGUAGUUUAAUAUCCGUCUUUGCACUUUGUAUAUAUACAGAAUUGAUUUUAUGAAAUCCGAAGUAAUUGUACCGCAGAUGUGAAGUGGCAAAAAUAAAUUCUUUAACAAUG